UUAAAGAUUGGCUUAAAGGUAAUGCUUAGUAGGAAAUUUUUGGAUUUAGCAUCUCUUGAUUUAAUACUCAGUAAAAUAUAGCAGUGUUCUUGUAUAAAAAGAAAAAGAAAAUUUCAUAGAAAAAAAAAAAACAAAAAAAAAAAAACAAAACAAACCCAAUUAAUUCGUUAGUAGGUGGCAGGCACACAAAAUCAAACAAACAAACCCAUAACAAACUUCCCACAAAAUCAAUCAUCGUACUAGAAAUUCUCCAUUGAAGCGUACUCGAAAUUCUCCAUUGAAGCGGCUUCUGAGUUCUGACUUUCUGAGCUUUCUCUCCUCGACAGCUCGACUCCUCCAUUGAAGGCUUUGAAGCAGUCUCUAAGGUUGUUGAUAUUUGGUGCGAUAAAGUCACGGUAUUCGGUGCAGAAAUAGAAAAACACAAUACCCGGCUUCAUAGUAUUAUAAUGGAAAACAUUAACAAAGAUUGGACUGAUGCACCCCACACGGCCGAAGAAUAUAUCAAAGGAGUUGUGAAUUUUCUAGAUUUUGCAUUUCUAAAUUCAACCAUGGACACAGAGGAAGAUGAUGAAUCGGAAAUUUUAUGCCCAUGUACGAAGUGUGUUAACAGGUUCUGGUUCCCAAGGGAGGAGGUUUUCAAUCACCUAAUUGCUAACAGAUUUAAUAAGAGGUAUAAAGUGUGGAACUUUCAUGGCGAAGGAUUGACAACAGGGUCUUCUUCAAGGGGAGAUGGGCAUCAGUGUGAUAAUCAAAACACAUUAGACAAUAUGGAUGAGAUGCUUAAUGAUAUUUUCAGAGAUGUUAUAGGAGGUUCAAGCUCUGAAGCAGAAGAACUUCGAAUGGGUCCUCAUGAGAGUGCUAAAAAGUUUUAUAAAUUGUUAGAGGAUGCACGAGAGGAAUUAUAUCCCGGCUGUAAGGAUUUUUCUGUGCUUUCAUACACAGUGCAACUCUAUCUACUUAAAUGCCUUAACGGGUGGAGCAAUUCUUCUUUCGGCGGGUUGAUGAAGCUUCAAUGUGCUGCCUUUCCAUUUGCAAAGCUUCCCACUUCUUUUCAUCAUGCUAAAAAAAUGGUGAAGGACCUUGGACUUAAUUACAAACGAAUCGAUGCGUGUCCUAAUGAUUGUAUGUUGUAUUGGAAAGAACGUGCAAAUGACAAGUCUUGCCAUGUUUGUAAAGCUUCUAGGUGGAAGUUAAAUGAGAAGCAAAAAGAGGAAGGUGCAUUGCCCGACGAAGGAGUUCCUGCAAAAGUUUUGCGUUACUUUCUUCUUAAACCUCGUCUACAAAGGUUGUUCAUGUGCUCUGAGACGGCUGGACUCAUGACAUGGCAUGAAACUGAUCGCAAGAAAGAUGACAAAUUAAGGCAUCCUGCUAAUGGACAAGCUUGGAAAGAUUUCGGUGUUGCACAUCCUCAAUUUGCAAGUGAUUUUCGAAAUGUGAGGUUGGGUCUUACUACUGAUGGUUUCAACCCAUUCAGAACUAUGAGUGUGUCAUAUAGUAUUUGGUCUGUUGUUUUAUCCAUUUAUAAUUUACCUCCUUGGUUAUAUAAUAAGUCCGAGUAUAAUAUCAUGUCUUUGAUUAUACCUGGUCCUUCUUCUCCGGGUUAUGACAUUGAUGUUUACUUGCAACCAUUAAUCGAGGAAUUGAAGGAGUUAUGGAAAGUUGGAGUUGAGACAUAUGAUGCUGUGAAAGAUGAAACAUUUUCUUUAAAGGCAGCCUUGUUAUGGACAAUCAGUGACUUCCCUGCUUAUGCAAUGUUGUCCGGAUGGAGCACCAAAGGAGAAUUUGCCUGCCCGAAUUGCAAUCAUAAGACUUGGUCCAAAUACCUGAAGUAUAGCAAGAAAAUGUGUUACAUGGGACAUCGUAGCUCUUUGAAAGAAGAUCAUCCAUGGCGUCAUAAUAAGAGAGCUUUUGAUGGUUAUGUAGAGACAAGGCCUCCUCCUCCUGCUAGAUUCUCAGGUUCUGAGGUAUUAAAAGAUUUAGAAGGGUUUGAAAAUAAGUUUGGGAAAACUCAAAAGAAGGGCAUAAAGAAAUUUCCUUAGAAGAAGAAAUCAAUUUUCUUUGAGCUUCCUUAUUGGGAAACUAAUACCUUGCGUCAUAAUCUUGAUGUUAUGCACAUUGAGAAAAAUAUUUGUGACAGUGUGCUCGGUACUUUGCUUGAUAUCCCAGGAAAGCCUAAGGACCAUGUGGCAGCCCGCUUUGAUUUACAAGAUAUGGGUAUAAGAAAUGAACUCCAUCCAAAGAGAACAAAUAAUAGAGGGAAGCGUUUAUACUCCAAAGCCUGUUUUUCUUUAUCUUCUAGUGAAAAAGACUUGUUCUGCAGUGCGAUAAAAGGUGCUAAGUUUCCCGAUGGUUGUGCAUCAAACAUCUCCAGAUGUGUCCAAUCCAAUGAGAGGAAAGUUGCUGGUUACAAGAGCCAUGAUGCCCACUUUAUGCUUCAUUAUUUGCUCCAAGUUGCUGUAAAGAAUACCUUGCCUAAGCAAGUAGCAUCGACUUUGAUUAGGCUAGGAUCCUUUUUUAGGGGUCUAUGUAGGAAAGUUCUAAAGCCUAAAGAUCUUGACGAUCUUGAAUCUGAAAUCAUAGAGAUACUUUGCCAACUUGAGAAGAUAUUCCCCCCCCCCCCAGUUUCUUUGACAUAAUGGUCCACCUUCCACUUCAUCUUGUAGAGGAGGUAAGGCUUGGGGGUCUUGUUCAAAGUCGUUGGAUGUAUCCGAAAGAGCGGUAUUUGGGUAAAUUGAAGUCGUAUGUAAAAAAUAGAAGUCGACCCGAAGGUUCCGUGGCAGAGGCCUACUUGGCAGAAGAAUGCCUUAUUUUUUGUUCUCGGUAUCUUCACGAUGAAUUUAGUUCAAAGUUGAAUCGAGCACCUAGAAAUGAUGAUGAUGAUGAUACUGCGUCCAAUGAAGAUGGAAGCCUUUUUCCUAAUGUUGGACGUCCUUUAGGUGUAAAAAAGAAAAAUAAAGGCAAAAAGGUUUCUUUAGAUGAAGACACUUUGAUGAAAGCUCAUCGCUAUGUACUCUUUAAUUGUGAUGAAAUAAGUGAUUACAUAAGUGAACAUCAAGAUUUAGUGAAUCGUCAAAGAAGUCAAGGUAGACGAGAUAAGCGGAGUAGGUGGGCGAGAGCACAAGAACAAAGUCAUGAUAUUGGAGCAUGGUUCAAGGACCGUGUACGGGAAGAAAAUGUUUCCAAAGAAAUCAAGGCUUUAUCCCAAGGUCCUGACUAUACUGUGAGAAGUUUUUAAGGGUACCUAAUAAAUGGUAACAAAUUUCAUACAACUGCACAUGAGUCAAAAAGGAAAACUCAAUGUAGUGGAGUUAGUGUAACAUCUUCAAUGUCGAAUUUUGCAAGUUCCAGGGAUCAAAAUCCUGUUGUUAGGGACGUCAAAUAUUAUGGAGUGGUGGAGGAUAUCAUUGAGUUAGAUUAUUUUGGGCAUUUCAAAAUGGUAUUGUUUCGCUGUAACUGGUUUCAAGUGGAGCAAGAUGAGUUUGGGCUAACAUGUGCAAAUUUUAAAAGGUUAUGCUAUACUAAUGACCCUUUUGUGAUGGCUAAUCAAGUAAACCAAGUUUUUUAUGUGCAAGAUUCCAAAGAAAAGCAUUUGCAUUACGUUAUGGAAACUAUCCCCGGAGACUUCUUUGAUAUGAGUGAAGAAUCAAAUGGUGAUGUUGGAGUUUCUUAUUGGAAUGAAUCUGCUAGUGAUGGUGUUCGCCCAGGGGCAACUGUUGCUGAUGACUAUGAUGUUAGUUGGUUGAGAGAGGACUUGCCUGCCACUAUUGUUGACGUUCCAGAAUACAUGUUAGAAAUGCAAGCAGCGCCGGAAAUUGAUGAUUCAGAUGAUGAAAUCGAGGAUAAUACACUAUGGGAUUUCAUGCAAGAAAGUGAAGAUGAAGCUUUGGAAAUAUGAUUGGUCCUUUCUAGUAUUCUGUUUUUAGUAACUUUGAAGUAAUAAAAGCUUAGGGAUUUUAGGUUAAACAGUUUUGGGUUUUGUUUGACUGCAAAAUUAUUUGUUUUAAUGAUCAAAAGUUUGGUUAUUUUUUUUGGUUUUGUUUUGGGAUUAUUUGAUAAUCUCAUGAAGCUUAAUCUGUUUGUUUCGGAUUAUAAUCAGUUAAUUGUCCAAAUCAAAUAAAUAUGAAGUUCCAGUAGUCAUAUCUCAUCUUGGCCUGCGUUGCCUGGCUCAAAGCUACUUGCUUGCUUGACUGAACUGUACUUUAUUGAUUUCUCCCCUUUUAUGU